AUGCAAGAGAUGACAAGAAUAAGACAAUUAUAUAAUAAGAGUAACAAGAUUGCAAAAUGUUUGUCUUGUGAUCUUUGCAACCAACUUCUCAAAGACGCCACUAAAAUUAUCGAGUGUUUUCAUACUUUUUGCAAGGAGUGUAUACAUUCUAAAAUCGAAGAAGAAGAAUUGGAAUGUUGUCCUGUAUGCGACAUUGAUUUAGGCCCCGAUCCUUUUACCAAAAUGAGGGCGGAUAUUAGUUUGCAAAACAUGAGGAAUCACCUAUUUCCUAUUGGGAAAGAAAAGGAGGCAUAUGAAUACCUCCCAAAAGUUCUAAUGAAAGCCAAUGGGUAUCCUAUGCCUAAGGUGCAACAUUUUAGUACUUCAAGUUCUACAAUUAAAAGAAAACUCAAGAAAUCAAAAGGCACCAGUUCUUCUGAGAAACACAUCAAUAAGAAAAUGAAGAUCGAGGAUGAAGCUCAAGAUAAUAAUUAA